GUUUUCAGUUCAGGUUCCGGAAUGGAGACUAGUGCAGGCGUUCGAGGCGGCCUCGUUAUUGGUAGAAAGCAAGGUUUCUGGAGUUUUGAUAUAUGGAAACUUGUGCUUGGAUUAUGCUGGUUUUUACUUCAUCAAGUGGUCAACACAGUGCAUUUUGUGCGGGGUAUAGCUCAUGUGCUAGAAAGCUAUCUCAUCUCAAGUGGGUUAUUGGAGAAGUACAAGAAUUUUCAACUAAAGAAACUUCGGUACCUUGCCAUCGUGGUAGACAGUGAAGAAGCCUUUCAUAUCCCAAGUGUUAUCAACCUUUUGCAGUGGUUGUCAGCUUUGGGAGUGAAGCAUGUCUGCCUUUAUGACAUGGAGGGUGUGCUAAAGAAAAAUAAGGAAGUGCUUUUGAAGAAUUUGAGUAAUACAAUACCAUGGGAGGAAACUGAUGAAAAGGCUACCCUUCUUGAUGAAGACAAAAUGACGUUGGAAUUGCUUUCAAUCUCUGAUGGGAAACAAGGAGCUGCUAAAGCAGCUAGCUUUCUCUGUUCAAAGUAUUUGAGAAUCGCCAGCGGAGGUGGAGAGCAGAAAAUACCAAUCUUCAGAGAACCUGACAUGGACCAAGCACUGAGAGCAGUCGGUUGUGGAGGACCAGAUCCUGAUCUCCUUUUAAUAUAUGGACCUGUAAGAUGCCAUUUAGGAUUUCCUGCAUGGAGAAUACGAUACACAGAGCUUGUGCACAUGGGAACACUUAAAUCCAUGAAAUAUGGUGCCAUAGUAAAAGUCAUUUACAAGUUUACGAGGGUGCAACAGAACUAUGGUAAGUAGUUUAUGAUUACCACUGCCCUUCUUUCAGGUGGAUGUGAAUGACCAUUCUUUUAUUACUCAAGGAAUUGUUGUAGUGCUGUUAAAAUGUGAUAUAGGUUUUUUUCAACUAUAUUCUAAUUUUCUCCAUAAAGUUUCUUCUUUCUUGGUUACUAUGGGUAACUAAAACUGAGGUCCAAAACUCAAAACUAA